GAAGCUAGCUACGCAGUAGACGGAUAGCUAGCACAAUGAAUUUGCUCUAUGCCAGGAUAAUAUGAUGAAAUAGAUUUAUCAGAGGAUGUGAAUAAUCGCAAUUAUCAUAGAUUGAUAUUGGUCAAUUCAUUAAUGUGUCAAGGCUAAGACAAGUGGUGCAAGCUAGUACUUGCCGUACAUUUUUGCUUGCUACGCUAACGGUUAGCUACGCCUAUGAUGACACAUUUCAACAAGAAUACAAGAAAGAAAGCCUAGACUCUGCAUGGCGAGCGAGUGGCGGCAGCAGAAGUGACUGUCCCUAGAGCAGCCAGAGAGGCCAGUGGCAGAGUGGUGGUGUGGCCCCGGCCCCAUACGGGAGGAGAACCACCAUGGCCUCUCGUCAUCAGAGGAACUCUGUGCGGAUCCUGUCCAGCCGGGAGCGUGGCUCACAGGCCUUUGGCUCCAAGCGCCUCCUGCAGCAGCUGGUGGAGGAGAAGGUCCGCUGGAUGAAAUGGCAGAGUCAGAAAGUGGAGCUGCCAGACAGCCCUCGCUCGACGUUCCUGUUGGCUUUCAGCCCAGACCGGACCCUCAUGGCUUCCACUCAUGUCAAUCACAACAUCUACAUCACAGAGGUGAAGACUGGAAAGUGCUUGCAUUCGCUGGUAGGCCACCGCCGCACGCCCUGGUGCGUGACCUUUCACCCUACCAUCACAGGUCUGGUGGCCUCCGGGUGCCUUGACGGAGAGGUCCGCAUCUGGGACCUGCAUGGUGGCAGUGAGAGCUGGUUCACGGAAAGCAACGUGGCCAUUGCCUCGCUAGCCUUCCACCCCACUGCCCAGCUCCUCCUCAUCGCCACCAAUAACGAGCUCCACUUCUGGGACUGGAGCCGGCCCGAGCCCUUUGCCGUGGUCAAAACCGGCAGCGAGACUGAAAGAGUCAGGUUGGUGAGAUUUGAUCCUUUGGGGCACAAUCUUCUGACUGCUACUGUGAACCCCUCCAACCAGCAGAAUGAUGAUGACUCAGAGGUCCCCAUGGACAGCGUAGAGAUGCCCCACUUCCGCCAGCGCUCCUUCCUGCCCUCCCAGCCUGUACGCCGCACGCCCAUCCUCCACAACUUCCUGCACAUCCUUUCGUCACGCUCCUCGGGAGCGCAGGCCGGGGGGGAUGCGUCCCGCCCUGGCGGGGAGAGCAGCGGCGAGCCCCCCAGCAUGCCUUUGGGCCAGUACCCAGCCUCGCAGGACCGUGGACUGCCCUUCCCGGGCUGCACCCAGCACCUGGGCAUGGUGUGCCUAUGCAGCCGCUGCACAGCCAACCGCAGCCCCUCUCUGGGCGAGGGGCCCUCCUCCAGGCCUGUGGUCCUCCCUGAGCACCCUCAGCCGGCCCCCCACGCCUCCACCUUUUCCUCAGCCCGUACGGAGCCCCGACAGCCUUCAGAUCCCGGUGGGGCCCAACAGCGGCCCUCUGCCUUCACUACGGUCUACUACAGCGCCGGCAGCUCCCUGCACCGUGCCGUGCCUACCGCCCACGUGGCCAGUCCGCCCCUGAGCCAGCAGCCUCCGCCACCACCCACCAGCCACCAACCCCCCUCCCGCCCACUGCCCGGACCCGAUUGGACACGCAGCCUGCUGAACAUGAGAGGCUCAGAGAGCAGGACUGGAGGGAGUGAAGGUGGGGUGAGCGGGGGAGGUGGUAUGGGUGGUGUCGGGGGUGGGAUGCUGCCCCCCCGAACCAGCUCGUCCUCCGUCAGCCUGCUGUCAGUGCUCCGGCAGCAGGACGGGUCCUCCCAGUCCCCUGUCUACACUUCCGCCACAGAGGGACGGGGUUUCCCCACGCAGUCAAGCUCUGAACCGGGCUCUGGCCCCGUGGCCAAUCAGCGAGGUGGUGGAGGGGCGGGCACCAGCAGCGGGCACCACCCUUUCUGGGACGGCACACGCAGCAACCCGACCUCGUUCCGCAACGUGCUCCAGUGCAACCUGAGCCGCUACUUCAUGGAGUUUGACCGCAUGCAGGACCUGGAGUCGCCGCUGGGGGGCGUCGGGGGAGGGGAGGGUGGCCAGGAGCAGACGCAGGAGCUGCUCAACAAUAACAUGGACCCGGAGAGACCCAGGCCUUCCUCCUCCCACUAUCAGCCCCAGCCGCCCCCACCAACCCCAGCCGAGAACAACCCCCCUCCCUCCAAUGCGGCUCACUCCUCUCGGGGCCAACUGAACCGCUGCCGGGCCUGCCACAACUUGCUCACCUUCAACCACGACUCCCAACGCUGGGAGCGCACCAGCCCAGCCUCGUCCACCUCCGCUGUCUCCACCCAGGAGGGCUCCAGCUCUCCCUGGCAGCAGCCGACCAGCCCUGCCUAUGAAGAGACCCAUGUGUCACCACAGAGGCGGGAGCCCCAACCCCAGCCACCAGAGAGGGAGAGGAGGGUAACCCAGCCCCCGGAGCCCAGCGAGCGGCAGCCCUCCCCAGGCCCUCAUGGUGCGGCCAUGCCCUUCCCCACCAUUGCGUCGUCCACUGCCCAGCCCGGUGAGCAGACAGUGGGCCUGGUGUACAACCAGGAGACGGGCCAGUGGGAGCGCGUCUACCGCCAGGCCGCCUCCAGCCGCUCCACCGUUGCCGACGCACCGCCAGAGGCCUUAAGCCAGGAAAUGCCUGUGGAUAACCCAGACGAGGACUCUCUGAGGAGGAGGCUGUUGGAGUCCUCCCUCCUCUCUCUCUCCCGCUAUGACAUGGGAGGAUCCAGAGACCACCCCAUCUACCCAGACCCUGCCAGGUUGUCCCCGGCUGCGUACUACGCACAGAGAAUGAUCCAGUACCUGUCGAGGCGGGACAGUAUCCGCCAGCGCUCGCUGCGCUACCAGCAGAACCGCCUGAGGACCCUCUCCUCCUCGUCGGACAGCCCGGCCGGCAACCCCUCGGCCGCAAUGGAGAACAGCGACGUGGACUUUGAAGAGCUAGAUGACAACGGAGACAGGACGAGGCACCGAACACCACGCAACGCCAGGAUGUCUGCGCCUUCACUGGGGCGAUUCGUUCCUCGGCGGUUUCUUUUACCUGAGUACUUGCCCUACGCUGGAAUCUUCCAUGAGAGGGGACAGCCUGGCCUGGCCACCCACUCCUCUGUCAACAGGGUCCUAGCAGGUGCCUCAAUCGGGGACGGCCAGUCGGCGGUGGCCAGCAACAUAGCCAACACCACCUACCGGCUGCAGUGGUGGGACUUCACCAAGUUUGAUCUACCCGAGAUCAGCAACGCCUCUGUAAAUGUGCUGGUGCCAAACUGUAAGAUCUACAACGAUGCCAGCUGUGACAUCUCGGCGGACGGGCAGCUCCUGGCCGUGUUUAUACCCAGCAGCCAGCGGGGCUUCCCUGACGAGGGCAUCCUGGCUGUGUACUCCCUGGCACCUCACAACCUGGGGGAGGUGCUCUACACCAAAAGAUUUGGUCCCAAUGCCAUCUCGGUGAGCCUGUCUCCCAUGGGCUGUUAUGUGAUGGUGGGCUUGGCCUCCCGCAGGAUCCUGCUGCAUCCCUCCACUGACCACAUGGUGGCGCAAGUGUUCCGGCUGCAGCAGCCUCACGGUGGAGAGACCUCCAUCAGGAUGGUGUUCAAUGUGGUCUACCCCAUGGCUCCGGACCAGCGGCGGCAUGUCAGCAUCAAUUCAGCCAGAUGGCUUCCAGACCCGGGGAUGGGCCUGGCCUACGGGACCAACAAAGGAGACCUGGUCAUCUGCAGGCCCGUGUUCUACCGUAGUGAUGGAGAGAGCCCGGCCGAAGCAAGCGCAGAGCCCAUAUUCACAGUCAACAGCGGUGGUGGAACCAGCAGGACCCGCAGUACAGAUCGACCAGGGGCCCCCAGUCGUUCCAGCUGGAGACUUGACAGAGACAUGGGUCUCAUGAACGCCAUUGGCCUCCAGCCCCGACACCCCGCCCCCUCUGUGACCUCACAGGGCACUCAGACGCCCAUCGUUCAGCUGCAGAACGCCGAGACGCAGACAGAGAGGGACCUCACCAGGCCCAGCACCUCCCACGCUGCUGCUUAUGAAGUCCGUCAAGAGCUCCCGUCCACGAGCCGCGAGGCCAAAGGGAGCCUAGAGCAGCCACAAACCAGCCAGAUCGAGGACAGUGCCCUGGGGGACGCCUCGACAGAAGCCGGCACCUCUACCGCUAACACCGGUGAGGCCCCAGAGUACGCCCCGGGAGAAGACGCCCUGGCGCGGAUCCGCCGGCUCAUCGCAGAGGGCGGCAUGACGGCGGUGGUCCAGCGGGAGCAGAGCACCACCAUGGCCUCCAUGGGUGGGUUUGGCAACAACAUUAUCGUCAGCCACCGCAUCCACCGCGGCUCCCAGACUGGGGCGGGUGCUGCAGCCAAGCGUCCUAGCAGCAGUGACCCUAUUCUGGCCGACCCUGGCCCCUCUACAGCCUCCCCUUCCACCUGCCCCCUCAACUCCCUGUGUCUCAGCCUGGAGCACCCCCCUGCUCCCUCAGAGCCUCACCCAGGCCAGGUGUGGGGUCUGCCCUCCCUCUCUCAACCACAACCCCCUGGCCUAGCCUCAGAGGGUGAGGGGGCCAGUCUCUCAGUGGCCAUGGACAUCGACGACGUGUUUGAAGGAGCCGGCCGAAUGGACGAUUCUGAGCCAGGCCCCUCUUCCUCCCUGCUCUUCUCCUCUUCUUCCUCUCGCGGCUCUUACCCCUCCGGCACCGGCGGAAAUGGCAACAAUAACAACAACAACAACGGCAGUAACAACAGAGAUAGUUACCCAGGUGACCCUUACAGCAGGUAGAGUUCUGUGUGACUUGGCCCUUAUUGCCCAGGAGAGGGAGAGAAUCCCUCAGAGGAGAUAGUGGGUGAGUGCUUUGGGUCGACAGACGGUGUAUCACGAACCCUAAAGCCGAGUGUACACUACACGAUUUUUGGCCCCCGAUUUAGCUGUCGCAGACAUGUUUCUGAGAUCGGAGACAAAAUCACCAUGUUGUUGCCUACUCGAACCGUCCAAGACGUCCCAAUAUUUUCAAACAUGUUUGAUUUUAUUGGCACAAUGUGUAAUGCUCUUGUAGUGUGAGAUGUGAUGACACGUUUUGAGAACAGUGAUAGGCAUUGUGAGCUCGCCAGAGUAGAAGCCAGUGAGAUGAUGUAUCACAUCAACCAUAAUGUGUAGACUCUCGAACAGGAGCGACUACUACUACUAGCUAGCUAGUAUGCGUUUGUACUUGCCUUAAAAGCCUAAGUGUCAAAUGGUUACCGCUCUGAAGUUCACAAGCAAAAUGUAUUGGCUAGAUAUUUCAACUCUAUGGCAAGCGUGAAUGUCUGACUAUAAACUUUGAGGAUGCUUUGAGCCACAGCUCGUUCUAGCAACGUUAACAAUCUAAUCACAUCACAUUGUUUUCGCCAGACAGCGUGGUAUGGAGUAUCCUCACGACUAAGUGAAGAAUCUUGUCUUGUACCACAUCGUUUAGUGUGCGCACCACUACGUUGGCAAGACGGUUGUUUAAUGUGAGCGGCUCAGCCAUGUUUGGAUUUUGAAAGUCGUGUAGUGUACGCCCGGCAUAAAGGAACAGUAUGGCCCUGUCUUGCUGGUGCGCUUCUCCUCAAAGCCUUAUCUCACAAAGAAUGGGUGCUCAGACUCUGCAGGGUAUCCAGCCCUGAACAUAAGGGACAUAAGCUCCCCCCCUCCCCAUGCUGCACCCAUCAGUGGCAUUGUGAUCCCCCUGCAUUGGUGUGCACUUACACUGCACUUAAAAUGGACCUUAGUUGUAUGAUCAUUCCAUGUCAGAAAGGCUUUUACUUGAAUUGUGCCAGCACCGGGGUACCGAUGCUGAGAUUUUUUUUCAGUCCUUUCUCUUUGCAUAGGUGUGACCGAUAGACAAGGUUACUCCAUUCAAAGUGCCAUGUAAGGGUAAUUGUAUACAACAACAACAAGAAGAAACAGACGGUUUCUCCAGUGUGUGCAGCGUUCUGGUGCCAUGUGAUUUGAUGUGAAAUAGCGUGCGUUUGCUAAAUUUGGAAGCUUUUUUCCCCCUUUGUUUUGCUGCCAAGUUGUAGGACGUGUAUUUGUAAUUUGAUGAUAAUGCAUAGCGGGAAAAUAAUCCUAUUGUUGUAUGAAUCAUGAGAUGCGUGUGGCAUAACUAAAGCCAUGCCUUUCAAGAGAA